AAAAACGAACAGUAAUGUCUCAUUCUCACGAACAUGGACAUGAGAAUGAGCACGGACACGACCACGGACAUGGUGUAUCACCCGAAGACAUCGAGGAAGAACAGGUUCAUUUCCAGAAUGUUAUCACGACGUUCCAGCGCUAUGCUCCCUAUACGUUAGCAGGCAAUAACCGCCGCCGCAAGGAUUUCUUCACUCUGCCGCUCGAGGACCAGCAGCUCCUUGCCCAGCUGGGCUAUAAAGAGAAGCUUGCGGAGGUGGACAAGGCGAUACUCAAGAAUGCGGAGUUUCUGAAUAAGAUUGUGGCGAAUCCGGAGAUAUUUGGACAUGAGUUGGAGGAGGAGGUGGAUGAAGACGAGGGUACAGGUGAGGAUGGCACAGCCGAAGAUGGAAAGGUCGAUGUUGAAGGACAGAGCACACGAGUCGUAGACGAGCAGCAACCCGCCGCACCACGACUGACGGGCUUCCAUGACCCUCCUACCUCACAUCCACACGAAAACGAUCACUCUCAUAGCCAUGACGCUCCUCACGCCCAUAGCCAUGGAGCUCCUCACGUCCAUAGCCAUGAUGCUCCUCCCGCCCAUAGUCACGACAACGCUGCCCAUUCGCACUCGCACUCCGAUCCUAGCUCAAGUCAUGGUCAUAGUCAUCACGGUGGUGCCACGAUACUUUCUACGCCACGCAAGAGGUAUAGGCCUACAGAAUACGACAUGGAUAAGCUGAGAAGCACGAUGAAGCAGUUCGUCAGAGAUUGGAGCGUAGAGGGAAGGGACGAACGCGAAGCCGCGUACGGACCUAUGAAAGAAGCUUUGGUGAAGCACUUCGCUGACAUUCCUCCGGAGGAACGACGAAACUUUCGUGUCCUCGUACCAGGUGCGGGUCUAGGCAGACUAGCGUACGAUAUCGCGAAGCUUGGUUUCGCCUGUCAAGGGAAUGAGUUCUCGCAUUAUAUGCUCCUCGCCUCGUUCUUCAUUCUCAACCGGACGACCACCAUCAACGAACACACGUUCUACCCUUACGUGCACUCCUUCUCCAACCUUCCCAACCAAAAAGCCAUGCUUCGCUCCGUCUCGAUACCCGAUGUCUUACCGAGCGACCUGCCCACCGGGGCUAAUUUCUCGCUCGUUGCAGGUGACUUUGAGGAGAUCUAUGGUGUUCCAGAUGAGGAAGAGGGUGCGGAGGAAGAGCCGCAUGCUGGGGAGUGGGACGCGAUCAUGACGUGUUUCUUCAUCGACACCGCGAAGAACAUAGUGAACUACCUCCGCGUCAUCCAUCGCAUCCUCGCGCCCGGUGGAGUGUGGAUCAACCUCGGACCGCUGCUGUGGCAUUUCGAGAAUAAUAAUUCGCAUGAUCCGUCGGUGGAGUUGGAUCUGGAGGAGGUGAAGAGGUUGGCGGAGUUGGUCGGGUUCGAGAUCAAGAACGAAAGGACGAUCGACACGACGUAUGUGAAUAAUAGCGAGGGGAUGUUGGGGUAUGUGUAUCAUGCUGCGUUCUGGACCGCGACGAAGAAGCUGUGAGUGGGUGUGUAAGCUCUUGUCGCUAUAAGAUUUACCCAGAGGACAAGAGUGAAGUGGUUGUAGAUGGUGCUUUGACGCUACCGUGAUCUCUUGUAGCUUUCCUUGUUUGUUUGUAGUGCUCUUGUUGUCAAUGAUCUACUGUAUCAUCGUGCUUGUGUAUC